AGCCUUUAAUUUAUAAUUUUGUAUCAAAUUUUGAAAAUGGUCAAAAGUUAAUGAUGGACGACAAAAACAGCUGAUUCUCCUCCAGCAACUUUCUCCUCUAGCUUAACUUAACCCGUUCAAAUGCGAAAAAUAUAAAUAGACUUCUGAUUAGACUACGUUCACACUACAAAUUUUUCAGAAUUAACGCGAAGUUAACUUCGAGAGCGUUUACAUCUAAAUCUUUAAUAUACCAAUAAGAUUUUGACAUUUUCCCUAAAAUUGUGCUAAAGUGUGACAGUACUCGGCUUUACCACUACAUCUUCUACAUAUUUCUAAUUGCAGGCAAUUUGAGACUACGAAAAUAUACAAAAGUGCAUCCCAGAACAAUUCAAAUCUUUGGUAAUGUCAAUAUCUUGUGGUCGUUUGUAUUUUAUCUGGUCUAGCGAUCGAUCAAGCAGCGCAACAGUAUUUAUCACAAGUACCAAUAGAAGCUAAACAGGCUCAAGCCAAACGAGAUCACAACAGUUUUCAUAUAUCUGUGGUAACUAAAGAAGAAUUUCAAGUUAAAACUCUCGAAUGCAAACAAUUACUCCAGCAGCCGUUAUCUCCAGCUGAAAGCCAGUUUAUUGUGGUAGGGUUAGGUAAACAGUCACUAGGUGAUAAUCGUGUCUGGUUCGUAAUUGCUUAUUGGCAUGGAGGUCGUAAAAUUCGUCAGUCUUUAAGUUUACCAAUGAUCGAUUUUCACAUUACACUUGGUUUUGAAGGAGUUGAUGUAUUUGAUGUGAGAAAAAAUUUGAGAACGUUGAUCUAUCAUGAACAGUCAUUAGAUACAGCAAGUACAUUAUUACAGUAUGCACACGAAUGUUUCUCUCAACGUGAAUAUGCAUUAGAACUGUGUAGUGCGGGACUACAAUUGUUGCCACCAGAUAAUCAGCUUGCGUUUAGUUUAUUGUCGUUACGAUCAUUAUUAUACGGUCAAUUGAAACAAUAUAGCAACUGUAUGGUUGAUGCUGAAAAAAUGCUUGAACUUCACUCAACUAGUCAAAUUGCUCACAGUCGAAUAGCCAAUGCCUGUGUGUAUUUAAAAGACUAUACACGAGCACAUGCUACAUUUAUUAAGUAUUUAAAACUUAUGAAGAAGGAGCAUACUAAACUGAUUAUCGGUGUAACAGAUGAGGAUGAAUCAAGUAUAACUGAAAACGAGCUUGAGCGUAUUCAUCGAGGAUUACGAUAUUGUUCACAAAAGAUAAACCAUGCUGUUAUUUGUGAAGACUCUCGUGAACGUGUUACUGUCAGUGUACUUGAUGCACGUUUAUGUACUACGGAAUUAUUUGCAUUACCUGUGACAGUAACAUUGGCUAGGAAUUUUAGUUGGAUUUUGCCUGGAACAUUGACUGCCAUGAGUAUUCCAAGAAAUGCUGCUCAUAUGAUAGCAUUAGAAUAUUUAAAUAUUGGCUUAAUUGUAACAGCUAUGAGUGAAGGACCAUUAAAAGAUGAACUCUUUCCUGCAGACUGUAUCGUGCAACAGAUGCAUAUACCCACAGUAAAUUAUAAACCCCCAGCACUAGAAGAAGUGGCCUCUAUCUUGCUCCAGCUAUAA